UAUUUCCUCCUCCUCUUCCUGGCUCUCCUUCCUCUUUUGAUCCAGGUGAAUAGAGACCAGUUGUACCUUGGAUGGCUGCUUGCAAGCUUUUAAUACUCCAGGCACUAGGCAACAAACUAGCAGGUAGAAAGGAAACACUAAACUCGUUAUUAGGCCAGUUACUGGGAUGUCCCAUGAAAUUAUGACCCUAAACCUCCAAACUAAGAAACCAAAACCUAUGAGGUGUUUUGUUGUACCUAAGCAGCCUCAGCAGCUGCUCUUUAGUUAGAUACUUUCUUAUAAUCUUUUUUGUCCAGCUUGUUCCCUUUCAUUGGUAGUUAUUAUGAGAACUGAAAAAAAUGAAGUGAUGUAUGGAGAGAGAGGAGAGAUGAAAAGGACACGGUGAAUAAUAAAAAACUAAUGAUUAUUGAGGUUCUGUAGCAUCUUUGAUAAUGGACCAGACUAUUUGUUUUGGAGACAUACUUUCCUGUGAGACAUUUGUGGCCACAUUUGAGAACUGUAUGACAAGGAGAGACACAGGAUUGUAUUCCAGUAUGUCAAGGAAGCAGGAGUAUAUUAUGAAAAUAUCAUUAAAUACUAACAAAAUAAUAUGCAGGUGAUUUAUAGAUGGCUUCAAUACAGAGGCCAGCAUUGUUUUCUCAAGUGUGAGGAAGAGGAACAUAAGUGGGGAUAGGAAGUUGCAUUGCAGAAUCACUCUCUUAACUUUUGAAACUUGAAACCUGAACCAUUCAGGCUUCCUUCUAUUGCCUGUUUCAUGUCUUAGAAUUAUAAGAGAGUCUGGGUGAUGUACCUGUGGUCGAUUGUCCAAGCCUUUUUUUUUUUCCCCUCUCGUAUUCUUUUUCUGUGAGAUCCAGUGGACAGGGAGGAGCGUGAGUAGUAAAAUGUUUCACUCUCUCUUCCUGUAUGUCUUCUGGCAGCUAUGACUUCUGGCUCUGAUGGGGACUUACCUCCCAAUGAAGAAGAUGACCUUAUGUAUAAGAAGACAGCUUUUAAAUCGAAAGACAAUGGAGGAUCUGCAAAUAGUUAUCUUGGAGAGUCAAACAUGAAAAAGAAUGAAGAAAAUACUAAGACCAAGAAUAAGCCUUUAUCUCCUGUAAAACUUACACCCACAUCAGUGCUUGAUUAUUUUGGAACUGGAAGUAUCCAAAGAUCAGAUAAGAAGAUGGUGGCAAGCAAAAGAAAAAAGCCUUCGAAAAAUACAGAUGAUUUCAGAUUAAAUGAUGAAGCCAUCGCCAAGCAAUUGCAACUUGAUGAAGAUGCAGAGUUGGAGAGGCAGCUGCAUGAGGAUGAAGAGUUUGCCAGAACGUUGGCCAUGUUGGAUGAAGAACCCAAGACCAAAAAGAUUCGAAAGGACCAAGAAGAGAAAGAAACGUCUUUGUCUGUCCAAGCCAAUUUAAGUAAAACAGAAAAACAUAAAUAUCCUCAUAAAGUAAAAACAGAACAAUUUUCAGAUGAAAGAAAGAACUGUAGUCCUAAGAAACAAACUAAAUGUGAAAGUUCAAAAGAAUCUGAGCAACAUUCUAAGUUAUCAGCUCACAGAAGAGGAGAACCCUCUCCUACAAAGGCCAGUUCUAAGCUGGCACUUUUGAAAAAAAAAGAAAAGAGUUCUUAUCAAGAAGCAGAGCCAAUGGGCUCAAAAAAAAAAGAAAAUGCUAUUGAACUGAAAGGAGAAACAAAAACUCCUAAGAAAACCAGAAGUUCUCCAACUAAAAAAGAGUCUACAAGUCCUGAAGAUUCGGAAAAGAAACGCACUAAUUAUCAAGCUUAUCGAAGCUACCUAAAUCGAGAAGGUCCCAAAGCUCUGGGCUCCAAAGAAAUACCAAAGGGAGCUGAAAAUUGCUUGGAAGGCCUGAUAUUUGUAAUCACAGGAGUGCUGGAGUCCAUUGAACGAGAUGAGGCCAAGUCUCUAAUUGAGCGUUAUGGGGGGAAAGUAACCGGAAAUGUCAGCAAGAAAACAAACUACCUUGUCAUGGGUCGGGAUAGUGGACAGUCCAAGAGUGAUAAGGCAGCAGCCUUGGGAACAAAAAUUAUUGACGAAGAUGGCUUAUUGAAUCUGAUUCGAACUAUGCCAGGCAAGAAGUCCAAGUAUGAAAUAGCAGUUGAAGCUGAGAUGAAGAAAGAAAAGUCCAAAUUGGAGAGAACACCCCAAAAAACUGACCAAGGAAAAAGAAAAAUUAGUCCAAAUAAGAAGGACUCAGAAUCUAAAAAGAGCAAGCUGACUCCCAAAAGGGGCGGCUCUUUAAAGUCAGUAAAAAAGGAACCGAGUGUGUUUCAGAAAGGCCUGGACUUUGAGGAGCAGGUGGCUGAGGAAACAAGUGUUGACAGUGGGGCUAGGAAUUUGACUGAUGACAGCAGUGGACACAAAGUGGAAAGUUUGCUCUGGGUGGAUAAAUAUAAGCCAACUUCGCUCAAGACCAUAAUUGGACAGCAGGGUGACCAGAGCUGUGCCAACAAACUCCUACGCUGGCUUCAGAACUGGCACAAGAGUCCAUCCGAAGAUAAAAAACACGCAGCAAAGUUUGGUAAAUUUGCCGGCAAAGAUGAUGGCUCUAGUUUUAAAGCAGCACUGCUCUCCGGCCCUCCAGGUGUUGGCAAAACCACCACAGCUUCCCUGGUUUGUCAGGAGUUGGGAUAUAGCUAUGUAGAACUGAAUGCAAGCGACACUAGGAGUAAAAACAGUUUGAAGGAGAUUGUUUCUGAAUCACUGAAUAAUACCAGCAUCAAAGGCUUUUAUUCAGGUGGCGCCGUCCAUUCAGCAAGCACCAGACACGCUCUCAUCAUGGAUGAGGUGGACGGCAUGGCAGGCAAUGAGGACAGGGGAGGAAUUCAGGAGUUAAUUGGCCUGAUAAAACAUACAAAAAUUCCCAUUAUUUGCAUGUGCAAUGACAGAAAUCAUCCGAAGAUUCGCUCUUUGGUUCAUUAUUGUUUUGAUCUUCGUUUUCAAAGACCUCGAGUUGAACAGAUUAAGGGUGCUAUGAUGUCUAUUGCAUUUAAAGAGGGUUUAAAGAUUCCCCCUCCAGCUAUGAAUGAAAUAAUUUUGGGAGCUAAUCAAGAUAUCAGACAGGUUUUGCACAAUCUGAGUAUGUGGUGUGCACAGAGUAAAGCACUAACCUAUGACCAGGCCAAGGCUGAUUCUAGUAGAGCCAAAAAGGACAUAAAGCUGGGACCAUUUGAUGUUGCCCGGAAAGUAUUUGCAGCUGGAGAGGAGACUGCUCAUAUGUCACUUAUGGACAAAUUGGAUCUCUUUUUUCAUGAUUAUUCAAUAGCCCCCCUCUUUGUCCAGGAGAACUAUGUACAUGUGAAGCCUAUAGCCGCAGGGGGCGACAUGAAGAAGCACUUGAUGCUGUUGAGCAGAGCAGCGGAUAGUAUAUGCGACGGUGACCUAGUGGAUAGUCAGAUCCGCAGUAAACAAAACUGGAGCCUUCUGCCCACACAGGCCAUUUAUGCCAGUGUUCUUCCUGGAGAGUUAAUGAGGGGGUACAUGACUCAGUUUCCCACCUUUCCAAGCUGGCUGGGCAAGUACUCAUCUACAGGCAAACAUGAUCGUGUUGUUCAGGACCUAGCGUUGCACAUGAGUCUCAGAACGUACUCCAGCAAAAGGACCGUAAACAUGGAUUAUCUGUCACACAUAAGGGAUGCACUUGUACAACCCUUGGCCUCACAAGGGGCAGAAGGAGUGCAGGCUGUUGUUGCAUUCAUGGACACAUAUUAUUUGAUGAAAGAAGACUUUGAUAAUAUCAUGGAACUUAGCAGCUGGGGAGGCAAACCUAGUCCUUUUUCCAAGCUGGAUCCCAAGGUCAAAGCAGCCUUCACGAGAGCUUACAAUAAGGAAGCCCACCUUACUCCGUAUUCACUUCAGGCAAUAAAGAUAUCUAGACGCAGCACAGGUCCAGUGCUAGAUUCUGAAUACAAUGAAGAGUUAAAUGAAGAAGACUCUCAGUUUGAUGAGAAAGACCAAGAUUCUGUGGAAACCGAUGCUAUGAUCAAGAAAAAGACAAAAUCUUCAAAGCCUUCAAAAUCAGAAAAAGAUAAGGAGUCCAAAAAAGGAAAAGGAAAAAGUUUGAAGAAAUGAUGAAACUGCUUUUCACUACUGACAGCCACUUCUUACUCACCCUGCUGACCAGUCUAGCUGGUCUAGAGAAAGCCUUAUUACUCCAGAGGAACCAGGUUUUGGCAGUAAUGGGAUGCCCGGUGGUCCCAUUAUGAAUAUAUGGUGAUACAGCUAGAAGGAUGUAACCAGUAGGCUAAUGUACACCUCUUAUAGAGGUUGAUAGGACUGUCCCUUGUCAAUCGAAUCAGAUUGUUGUACUUCCAAAUUACUGUGUAUAAUUAAAACUGGAAACUAAAUGUGGGCUGUGGAGUCGGAUUUUAGUUAACAAUAACAUGCCCUGGACCAGUGGUAUUGAGGUGACUUUUUUAGGCUUAAGAAUUUAUCCUAAUGGCCGUUAUAGGACCUAAACUAAUUUUUUUUUUUUAAAGGUAGUCAGUAUUAUGUGGUGAAAUUUUGUAAAUAAAUCAUAAUACAAAACAGUCACCACUUAGAACUGAGUAUUCUUUGUACAUUGUCAAAUACCUUGCAAAGUAUAAAUUAGGAAUAAAAAAUGUUCCACGUGAUACAUGUACAAAUUCUUAAGCUUGUCAUCUUGCACAGUAAAAUAUUAUGUUGGUAUGUUACUUUUCUUAUUUGCAGAUGAUCAGGAAAAAAAGCUUACUGUAUUCCCUACUAGCUGUUGUGUGAGACAUAACUGGCAGUUGAAGAGUCGGAACACUUAAUUACUAUUUUCAUUCCCUCUACAAGUAUUAUUGCACAACACCAUGUGCUAACCACACUGCUGCUGUGAAUGGAAUUCAUCACUCCUUGUUAUACUACAGGGUGUAGGGGCUGCAAAAGGAUUGCCAGAUAUUCUUAUAUUUCCAGAGCCUCAGCCCAUCAGAUUCAAACCAGUAGGGUGUGGCUGGGUCAGAGUUUUAGGCUCACUCUGAUGUGGGACAAGAUGAACACUGGUUUUGUUUAGUUGUUCCCUGGGAGAUCUGGUUCUGUCCUGUGCUGGAUUCCACAGACGCUGCUGGAACUUUAGAUUGUACCUAUAACUGUACUUUUUGAGCAGCGCUGAGGCUGUGGAACUAGCCUGGAAUUUAGGGGCACCACUGUUUUUUAAUCUUGUCAACAAAUGCUCAGAGUAGCUUUGUGAAGUGUAUUCUAAAUGCCUUUAAAGAACUUAUAGUCUUGUUUGGGAGAUGAUGCAUAACGAUUUUGAGACAUUUAAAGUGUAUUUACCAGUGUGAAAAAUAGCUUUCAUGUAGAUUAAAUUCAUUACAGGCAUAACAUUGCCUAAGGCUUUGCCUACUGAGCCAUGUCCCUCUCUGUUAAAACCCAGCUUGAAACUCUUCUUCAGUGAAGGUUUCCUUGACUGACGACUGCCUUACCCCACCAGUGGGGAGAGAAUGGCCGCCUUAUGCAUAUGCUUCCAUUUCUGUUCCUUUUGGAUAUGCAAGUCAUGUCUCCUUAGUUGCUCUGUACACCCUGGGAAAGGGGCUGUACUCUUGCACCCAGGACAAUGAAUAGUGUCACUUACUAGUUCAUUAUGAUUUUGUUUUUAAUUAUAAAUGCUUUAAACACAAGAUUGGCAUAUGUGUAUAAGAAAAAUAACUUUUCUUUUAGGAUUAGAAGCUGUAAAUAUGCUCUUUAAUAUAAGAGAGUGACAACAUGGCUCUGUUUGAUUUCUCUUCCCUCCAUGACCACGAGACGUAUGGCUAGGGUUAAUGGUAGGAAGGAGUUGGUGGUUUUACAGCAGUUUGGAUGUGAAUCUAAGUGGCCUACAUAGGGACUGAACAGGUGCUCUCUCAUUGGAGCCACUAGAUGCCACACAUCUUUGAGGCAUGAGACUGCACACUUGCUCUUCUUGAAAUCAACUGGGUCUCAGCCAUUUCAUAAUCUGUAACAAACUGCUUCACUUUAUCCUUCAUUAAACACUGGCAGUCUGCAGCACCAUUAUUUGGCCUCUUGAAGUUAUUAAGAAGCAGCAGAUUAUUAUAUGUCAUGGAAUGAGUAUCAUCUUCCUACUCAUUCUGGUAAAAUUAUGCUUAUGAGUGAAUGUCUAAGGCCCAUGACUCCCAAAAUAUAAUGUGCUCACCCUCACAGAAUCCCAAGUGCCUAUGGUUCUUAUUUCUAUCAAUCACCUUAGCUUCCACUGAUAAGAUGCAGGAAUAAAAAGGGGACCUACGGGUAGGUUUUAGUAAGGCCAAGGCCUCCAGCCUAUUCUCUGGCCAGCCACUGAGAAAGAAGAAUGAGUCAUAAAGCUGGAGGCAUCAUGCGUGGGUAGGAUACCUGGACGCUUUAAAACAUUACUGGCACUUUGGGUCUUAGCCUAGAUUUGUAGGUACUACUAUAAUGCUUAGACUGCUGGCGGCUGUACAUUAGGCUACAUGACUCAUUUUUGUCAAAUGCUCAGACUUUGGUGACAUCAUUAGCCUUCCAUGGCAAGACAAUGUAUAGGCUGUAAGAAGCUGUUGUAGGAAACGUAUGGGGGUCCUUGGGGUGUGUGUGCAUGUGUGUGUACGUGCAUGUACAUGUGUGCAUGCACUGGUGGAGGUUGGGGGGAAGAUGAGGAGAGCCUUCCAACAGCCUUGGAAAAGAUUCCAAAUAAUAUGCAUUUUAAGGAGAGGUCAAACGAUUUAAUUUUGUAACAAAUUCUAUAGUAUGUAGUAUAAUGACUCAUCAGAUAUAAGCUUAUGGUUUCAUUCAUUUUUUCAAAUAUUGGCU